UUCCAAAGGUUGAUUACUAAGAAUCCUUGACUCUUGGUCUAACAGUUGGUGCUUCCGAUCCUUUUCGACUUCCGUAUGCCCUCGAGUCUCAACCUGGCUGGACUCUAUUCACAGCGAGGCAAAUCUCAAUAUCUUGUUUUCUUAGGCGUUAGGUCAUAGGAAGACAAAGUAUUAGAGUUUUCCUCCCAUACGAUACGGAUCAGCGAGGAGUCGCACAUUUUCCCUCGCCUCAGGCUGGUGUGAAGGCAAACUUCACACUCUAAAAAAUCACAGGCCAGGCCUUGGUAUCAUUUUGGACUCUACCCUGAACUCUCGUCCCAGGCAAUGGGAAUUCUGAAGGAAGGCCAAGGUCAUUUUGAGCGGUUCUGUGACCAUGUCCUCAGAAGAGAGCCUCCGGCUCGAAUUAGAGGAUCUGCACGUCGUUGACAACUUGAAUGUGUACGACCGAUUCAGCAAAGCCCAAAAGAACUUUAUUGUGUUCGCAGUGUCAUUUGCAGGCCUGCUUCCUAUGUUCAUAACUGGGAGCUUCGUUCCUUCGAUCCCCCAGAUAGCUCAUGACCUCAAUUCAACAGGUGGAGUUGUGAGGUUCCACCUUCCAACGAGAGCACCACAUUGGAACUGGCACGCGCCGAAGGCGUACGGCAGACGAUCGCAGUGCAAGCAUGAUUUGAGAUCACUUUUCCAUCGAAGCACGACUGAGUAAUGCGACCAUAUUUUCCGAACGAGCAAUGGCCCGCUUAUUGAAUUUCCAGAUGUACGUACAUUUUUAAGUAUCUGAUUUUUUCCACUGCUCGUUACUGUCAUGUCGACUUUCACUGCCUGACACGCGCUCACACCGUCGGCCGAAAACUUGAAGCACUGGACACUUCGAUAUGUUCACCGCUGGGGUAUCCCAAUUGGAUGGUGCAUGAACUGGACCGCAAAUAAGUGACCCAUGUCUUGAGUGAAUCACAUAAGGCAAAGCAAAAUCGAUUCAACGCGGUGUCGGGGAGUUUGAGCGCAAGCGCCAUUACGAUUAGAUAUACCUUGGUAGAAGAUAAUUCAAAAGA